AUGCCAAACCAUCAGUUUGGUUGCUCUUAUUUAAUUGCACUUGUCAUUUUUUUGCUGCCAUGGCGCUCGCCUCGGCAGGUGACCAGCGCCAGCGUGUUGGUCGGCGUGGAGAUGACCUGCAAACUGCGGUUGCGCUGGCCGCCGCCGCGGGCCUGUGAUCUGAGGCACGAGUCUGGCAUCGACUGCUAUGCUCUGUCGAAGCCCGGCUUUGCCGGUCGUCACGGGCCUCGAACACGCGCACCGUCGGCCAGCCCCGGCCGGCAGACGAGUCCGGUGACUGUGCACUCGCCCGCCCAACUCUGGCCGCCAGAUCUGCUCUCGUCGGCUCGGCUGGUGACGAGACGCGACGGUUCGUCACGGUUCGAGUCCAGCCCCGUGGACGGCGCGGACGACGUGGACGACGUGGACGACGUCUGUCCAGCAUGUUGCCCACCUUCGGCCGGUAUCAUCCCGAACCAAUCGGCGACGACUGUGCUCCAUCGACGAGACGACUUGCUGCCC